AAGGAAGCUCCAGAUCCAGAAUAUAGUGAGCAUGAGAUAACUAUUCCCAGCCUCGAGAAGAGCAUGAAGAUAGGCAGACUACAGGCAAACGAUGCUGAGAAAGCGGCGAUAGCGCCAGAGGUCAACGCAUCAUCCUCCUCCACUAUUUCAAGAAGGCCUGCUCACCCCGGAGCUGAGUCGAGAACAGCGUUUGCCUGCCUGUCGAUGCACAUGACGGACCGGAUCAGACUACUGAGAUUCCCACCAAAUGUAGUCCCUGAGAUAAUCGAGAUGAUACGGAUAGGCUGGCCAAAGGGGAUCAACUCUCCGCGUGAAUACAGCCAGUCUCUCGAGAUCAAACUGAACGGAACCCCGUGGUCACCGCACUCAUGGGGAGAGUCUCGGAUCCACGCUCGUAAGCUGAUGGUACAACUGCUUGACGGGCUGUACCGGCGAGGAUGGAUUGUGAAGGUAUCCGUAGAUAUCGGGCAUGUCGACAGUUUAUUCUUCCGCUACCAACAGCCUGCUCCGCCGCCGUGUAUAUGGACGAGCAUAUCCUUCCACCACUCGGACAGGCUGCGCAUCGUCGACGCACCAACCGGCUUUGGCUUGUCUCUGGCUGAUGCACUGGGCUCGGAAGUUGAGAACUGCCAAGUGAAGGGGACCAUGUUUGAGAUCAAGCUUCGCGGGAGUCCCUGGCGAGCCGUCGGAUCCAAGACGGUGAUGACUCGGGUCAUCCUUUUGAUGCUUAUGGAUUUCCUCGAGCAGCAGGGAUUCAGCCUGUAUGCCGCCAUUAAUCACAACAGCAGACGCUCCAGAGACUCCAGCAACGCGGAGGCCGAUACGUGGUACUGCAACCGGCCCGUCGACUGGAAGCCCGGCCAGUUUGUCUACCACGGAUAA